UACUCUUUAGCAGUCAACAACCAGGAGAGGACCUCCGAGUUAGAAUUUCACGGCCGGGGUCUACGGGACAUGGAGAAGUCUAUUGCAACACUCGAUAAAGACACAACAUGCUCUUCGUGGAACUACUGUGGCCAGAGACUUGCCACCGGUUCCGUCGACGGCACUCUCUCCGUCUUCGACUCACGUGUCCCUGAUUCUUCAUCCUUCAGCUGCAGCUCCAGAACUAAGGUGCAUCAAGGCGGCAUUAUGAAGGUUGUUUGGGUUCCACCUGAAUAUGGCGAUGCGAUUGCUUGCAUUUGUGCUGAUGGUAGUUUGUUGUUAUGGGAAGAGACUGUAGAAGACGCACAGCCUCUUCAGUGGAAGCUGUGCAAGAGCUUUAAAACCAAUUCAACUCAACUGUUAGAUGUUCAAUUUGGGGUCUCCUCCACAAGUUUAAAAAUGGUUGCUGCAUACUCAGAUGGCCAUGUUAGAAUCUAUGAGCUCCUAGAUCCUUUGGAACUGAAAAAUUGGCAAUUACAGGCCGAAUUCCAAAAUGUUAUUGAUUCAUUGGCUACAUUUGCUAGAGCUUCUUGCCUGUCAGCUUCUAUUUCUUGGAAUCUGGUUAAGGGUGUACACCAGGAAGCAAGCUUUGUUCUGGGUUUCAACUCAAAAACACCACAACUCAAUUCCUCCAAGGUGUGGGAAUUUGAUCAGGCUCAUAAUAGAUGGUUACCAGUAGCAGAGUUGGCUUCACCUGAGGACAAAGGUGAUCCAGUUUAUGCUGUCGCUUGGGCACCAAACAUUGGCCGGCCAUAUGAGGUGAUAGCUGUUUCCACACAAAAGGGGAUUUUAAUAUGGCAUGUUGGACUAAAUCCUGAUUUGGAUGGAAGGCUCUCUGUAGAGAAGGUUGCAUCUCUUGAUGACCAUGGAGGCGAGGUGUGGCAGAUGGAAUGGGACAUGAGUGGAAUGACCUUGGCAACUACCGGAAGUGAUGGGAUGAUUAGGCUUUGGCAGUCCAACUUGAAUGGUGUUUGGCAUGAACAGGCUACAUUUGAGCCCACUUCUUAAUGCUGAAGCCUUGUUCCUCUUUGCUGCUUUUAGGGUCAGUUCAUGUGCUUAUCAACAAUCGUUUAUCCUGAUUGAGGACCGAGCCUAAUAACUUUUUGAGCUUGAAGAUUUGGGAACCAUAAUGGGACCCGGUAACUUAUUUAGGAAUCUUUAAGUGUUUAGCUUACUAAUCGGAAAAAGUACACUGGCUCAAAGUAGCCAAUCUUAUGUCAUUAAUGAAUUCUUUGCCUGCUUGGUUCGCGUCA